GGGGCCGCUCCACCGCCCGCGGCCAAGGGGGGGGCCCGGCCGGUGCCGCCUCCGCGGGGUGCGGAGCGGGGAUUGCCGCCGCCGCCGCCGCCCCCCGCCGCCGUGGAUUUCGGAGACCCGCGGGAGGCGUUCCGCAGCAAGAGCAGCGCCGAGCUGCUGCGCGGGCUGGUGGUGCUGGGGCUGUGCGCUGUGGGGCCGCUGGUGGAGCACAACCGGGAGCUGCUGCAGCUGUGCCGGCGGGUGCUGGGGCAGGCGCUGUUCGAGCGGCUGAUGAAGAUGACCUUCUACGGGCAGUUCGUGGCCGGGGAGGACCAGGAGGCCAUCAAACCGCUCAUCCGGCGGAACCAGGCCUUCGGGGUGGGCGCCGUGCUGGAUUACAGCGUGGAGGAGGACCUGAGCGCCGAGGAAGCCGAGCGCAAGGAGCUGGACUCCUGCACCUCUGCAGCCGAGAAGAUGGGAGGAGCAGAACAGAGGGAGAAACAAUACCAAGCCCAUCGGGGAUUUGGGGAUCGCCGCGGUGGGGUCAUCAGCGCCCGCACAUAUUUCUAUGCUGACGAGGCCAAGUGUGACCAGCACAUGGAGACUUUCCUGCGCUGCAUCGAUGCCUCAGGUGGCAGCUCGGAGAAUGGCUUCUCGGCCAUCAAGCUGACAGCCCUGGGCAGACCUCAGUUCUUGCUGCAGUUCUCAGAGGUGCUGGUGAAGUGGCGGAGGUUUUUCCACCAGAUGGCCGCGGAGCAGGGCCAGGCUGGGCGGGCAGCGCUGGAGAUGAAGCUGGAGGCGGAGAAGCUGCAGGAGGCCCUGGCCAACCUGGGCAUCGCAACCAAGGCGGAGAGCCAGCACUGGUUCACGGGCGAGAACCUGGGCAUGAGCGGCACUGUGGACCUGCUGGACUGGAACAGCCUGAUCGACAGCCGCACCAAGCUCUCCAAGCUGCUGCUUGUCCCCAACAUUCAGACUGGGCAGCUGGAGCCUCUGCUCUCACGCUUCACCGAGGAGGAAGAUCUGCAGAUGAAGCGGAUGCUGCAGCGGAUGGAUGUCCUUGCUAAGAGAGCCACGGAGAAGGGCGUGAGGCUGAUGGUGGACGCGGAGCAGAGCUACUUCCAGCCAGCCAUCAGCCGCCUCACCCUGGAGAUGCAGCGCCGCUUCAACAGGGAUCAGGCAAUCGUCUUCAACACCUACCAGUGCUACCUGAAGGAGGCUUAUGACAACGUGACAGUGGACGUGGAGCUGUCACGCCGGGAGGGCUGGCACUUCGGCACCAAGCUGGUCCGCGGCGCCUACAUGGAGCAGGAGCGGGAGAGGGCAGCCCAGAUUGGCUAUGAGGAUCCCAUCAACCCCACCUAUGAGAAGACCAACGAGAUGUACCACAGGUGCCUGGACUAUAUCCUGGAGGAGAUCAAGCACAGCCGGAAAGCCAGCGUGAUGGUGGCAUCUCACAAUGAGGACACAGUGAAAUUCACUCUGCAGAGGAUGAUAGAACUUGGGAUCCACCCCUCGGAGAAGAAGGUGUGCUUUGGGCAGCUGCUGGGCAUGUGUGACCAGAUCACCUUCCCCCUGGGUCAGGCCGGCUUCCCUGUCUACAAGUACGUGCCCUACGGCCCGGUGAACGAGGUGCUGCCCUACCUGUCCCGGCGGGCCCAGGAGAACAGGGGCUUCGUGCAGAGGGCGAAUCGGGAGCGAGACCUUCUCUGGAGGGAGGUCAAGAGGCGGCUUCUCGCAGGCAGCCUCUUCAGCCCCAACCACUAACCCCCCCAACCAUGGCAUCCAGCCUGGGGGCUCCUGUGCCUUCGCCUAUAACCACUAUUGCCCUUCCCCAUCCUAGUUCUGCUGCAGUCUUUCCCCUCCCCACUACCCUUUGCACUGGGAAGGGACAUGUCCUUGUUGCUGUUUGAACCACAUACGCUGUAGGGUUGCCCCAGCUGGCACUGCCCUGAGGGACAUCCCUCUGCCAUCCCAGGGGCUCCUGAGCUGUGCUUGCCCUGGGCUGCCUCAGGGGAGAUGCUGGGGCUCCCCUGCCAGCCCCCCCUGCCUCCCUUCAGUCAAUGCUGUCCUGGGAUUUUCCCUUUGCAGGACUGCGCAGGGGGAUUUGGUUGCCCUGCUUCAUGCCGCGGGCUAGGUGGCUUGGGGACCAGCUGGCCACAGCCAGAAGCUUUUCCAGCCUCUGCCAGGGCUGGGGCUUGGGCUCUUCCACCUCUCUGGAUGCAGGUGUCAAAGCAGAGGCCACAGUGGCUUAUGAAGUGUCACUGGGAUGAUGGCAGGAUGCCACAGGCCAGAUGUUCCCAGGCUUUGCCCAGGUCCUGGGCCAGGACCAGGCUCUUCCCCCAUCCCACCGGGCUAAAGCAGAGCCAAAGCCCCCUGGGCUUGUCCCUUCUCGGGCACACAUCCAGCGGGGCAGGAGGGGCGAGGGGAGCUGGCUGGCCCCAUCCCUGCGCUGUUCCUGCCCACAGUCCUCAGCUCUGAUGCUGGGCCAGGUCUGCAUUGCAGACAGGGGCAGGGGCUGCACGGGAGCACCAGGAGCCAGACCGCGGCUCGGCUCUGCUCUACACUGGAUUUGCAGAGAAUGGUGAUGAUUAAAUCGUAACUGUUCUUGC